UUUAAAAUAGAAUCAAAAAGUGCUCUCACGAUGGAUCUUCGAUCAGAAAGUUCCAAUAAAUAACGAAUGGCUCUUCGAUUAACGGAGAAGCAAUUCGUCCUCUAUCGACACAAAAAUAGCGUGCCCCGUACACGUGCAUUUAUUUGCAGAUUGUAAAUACAGAGAGAGAAAGAGAAUCGGGAGACGCGCCAGCCAAGUUUCCAAGUCUUCGUUCGCGGAAUCAAUGAGGAAUUGCUUCUGGCGAUUUCAAUUUUUGCAUUUUCGCGCCGGAAAAAUAUAUACCAUUACAUAUGCGCAUAUAUAUAAAUCGCCACAUGUUUUCCGUGUGUUCAAAACGCACACAUACACCCACUCAAAAAGCUCGUAAGAAGCCGCUAUCGCCGUUUGCCAAGUUUCGUGAACUCGACAGACAAAAUAGCGCCGCCUCGUCACCCAGUCCCGUAAAGUCACCGGCAACAGAGUUUCGAUUCAAGUUUACCGAGCCAGCGGUGCGGGACAACGCGGUGCAAAUAAAAGAGCGGCUACUGGCGUGGUGCCGUUCCAAAACCAAAGAGUACGAGAACGUGCAACUGGAUAAUUUCUCGACGAGCUGGAACAAUGGAUUGGCGUUUUGCGCUUUGCUUCAUCACUUUAGACCAGACGCUUUCGACUAUCACUCGCUACGGCCGGAGAACCGCAAAAUGAACUUCGAGUUGGCGUUUACGAAAGCCGAUGAACUCGCCGGGAUAGCACCGUUACUUGAUGUCGAGGACAUGGUGAUGAUGCGCCGACCAGACUGGAAGUGCGUCUUCACCUACGUACAGUCCAUCUAUCGCCGCUUCAAAGACGAGGAUUAAGGACUUACUUUGACGCUUCUUAAUGGCGUUCCGCAGUGCAAACCCGACAUUCAACCGCCUAAUACGAUUCGCGGAUCGCGAGUCCGUCUGCUGUUCAUUUGAAUAGAUCAUCAAGGAAACGGCGCAUUCUCCAAAUAUGAAAUGAGAAAAACGAAACAAGCUCAGGCGAAAUCCUCGGGCGGAGAACAGUGAAGAAAUAGAAAAAGUUCGCUUUUGCGCAUCUGGCAUUCAGCAACGCGUUCAGCAACAUUUUUACGCACGACUUUCCUGGCAGCCUUCCAAUGAAUGUAUAAUUAUUUUUACCGAAAAACGAUGCAAUAAAUAAAACGGCUUCCUCGAACAUGUAGUGCUGUGACUGAUGCGUGAACAAAACAUACCAGUCAUAACAAAAAAGGGAACUGAUGUUAUAGCAUUGAUGUUAUCGAUGGAAUUCAAGGUCUUCUACGCCAAAGAUUUAUGAAAUAAACAUGUGAUGCUAGCAAUCUGCUCGAUUAGUAUCGUUAUUUUUUGUUAACGACGAUGUAACACGAACCACGAAUUUUUCAGAUAGAAGGUAAUGAAAGAAAAUUUCAACUCGUAUUAGAAAAUCAAUUUAUUAAUUAUAAUCAAAAAUAUCUAACAUUUAUACUAUAUUAAGUGAUAUUCUAUGAGAUAAAUACAUCUGUAGUUGCAGCUA